GUCAUACGGGUCCGCCUAGUGCUUCAGUUUGGUGCUUAGACGCGGUGCGCGUGCUUCGAAACGCAGUACAGCAUUUGGAAUUCGUCUUGUAUUUGUGCGAUUGCGUUAAGUGAUCAUCUAGAUUAGCUGACCGUUUAGUGGUCAAAUAGUCGAGCCCUUGGGGCAUAACACAAGCAACCUAUAAUACAGAGUAUCCUGUUGGCCGAAAACUAGUCCAAAAUAUUCCGAAAAUUGUACAAAGGCGACUGCAGUGUUUCCCAAGUGCGCUGUGUAAAAAUAAUACAAUAUUUUGUUCGUACAUUAGUUCAUUCAGCAAUUGAAACAUAAAUAGCUUAAAAUGUUGGCUAAGUGGACCAUGUCGCAAAAGGGAUUAAAACACCUGCUUGGACUUGUAGCUGUUAUUACAUUACUUUCGGAUUUACCACUUGUCCAGGCCGUACGGAUCGGCGCUCCACAACAAAAGCAACGUAUUAAAGACAAACAGCCGGAUCAAGCGUCGGCCGGCUCCUACUGGCAGCAGCAUGUGGCCACACCCAGCAGCUCGACGCCCUUCGACUCGCCCUUCUACUCGGCGACGCAUGGCCUUGUGCAGACGCACCCUUCACUGGGCGCUGGCAUACCACGUCCGGUGCCCCUUAGCAGCAAUACCCUGGGCAGUGGUGCUGCCCCUGUCAAUAGCAAUCCAUCCUUGACCGCUGGCAGCGGUUAUCUCAACUCGCGCGGCAAUCUGCCCAGCUCCGCUCGGUAUCCGCCCAAGAUUAGCGGCACCGUUGUCGAGCCCAAUCCCAAAUCGCCGUUCCGUCAUCUGGAUUUCUCUACAAGUGCCACCGCCGAGCUGCGUCGCAAUCCGGCAUUGUCUGCCCCGGAUGAGUGCGCGCGCGCAUGUCGCGAGGGCGAGCCGCCCAGGAUCUGCUACUACCACUUCACGCUGGAGUACUACACGGUGCUUGGAGCUGCCUGUCAGGUGUGCACGCCGAACGCGACGAACACCGUUUGGAGUCACUGUCAGUGCGUUUUGGCCGAUGGUGUUGAGCGUGGAAUACUGACAGCGAACCGAAUGAUACCGGGCCCCAGUAUACAGGUGUGCGAAAACGAUAAGGUUGUCAUUGAUGUGGAGAACCACAUGGAGGGCAUGGAGGUAACCAUUCACUGGCACGGAAUCUGGCAGCGCGGCUCGCAGUACUACGAUGGUGUGCCCUUCGUCACGCAGUGCCCCAUUCAGCAGGGCAACACGUUCCGGUACCAAUGGACGGGCAAUGCGGGCACCCAUUUCUGGCAUUCCCACACGGGUCUACAGAAGCUUGAUGGUCUCUACGGCAGCGUGGUAGUGCGACAGCCUCCUUCGCGCGAUCCCAACUCGCACCUGUACGACUUCGAUCUGACCACGCACAUAAUGCUCAUCAGCGACUGGCUGCAUGAGGAUGCUGCGGAGCGGUACCCCGGACGCCUGGCCGUCAACACCGGCCAAGAUCCGGAAUCCAUGCUGAUCAACGGCAAAGGCCAGUUCCGUGAUCCCAACACUGGUUUCAUGACAAACACGCCGCUCGAAAUAUUCACGAUUACACCCGGCCGGCGCUAUCGGUUCCGCAUGAUCAAUGCCUUCGCCUCGGUGUGCCCAGCGCAGGUGACCAUCGAAGGCCACGGCAUGACAGUAAUUGCAACCGACGGCGAGUCUGUGCAUCCGGUCAACGUCAACACAAUCAUCUCCUUUUCAGGCGAGCGGUAUGACUUCAUCAUCACGGCCGAUCAACCCGUGGGCGCAUACUGGAUCCAGCUGCGAGGUCUCGGCGAGUGCGGUAUCCGUCGAGCACAGCAGCUAGCUAUUCUGCGCUAUGCUAGAGGUCCCUAUCAGCCAGCCUCGGCGCCUCCGACCUACGAUGUCGGCAUUCCGCAGGGUGUGGUCAUGAACCCCCUGGACGCUCAAUGUAAUCGUCAACGCAACGAUGCCAUUUGCGUAAGUCAAUUGAAAAAUGCACUCGAAAUAGACCGUGGAAUCCUUGCUGAGAAACCGGACGUUAAGAUUUUCCUGCCAUUCCGUUUCUUCGUCUACCGUGCUGAGGAUCUCUUCCAACCGAACACCUACAACCGAUUCCUGGUGGCUCCAACUGGCGAUCAUGUCAUCUCCCUCAUUGAUGAGAUAUCCUAUCUAUCCGCGCCGGCCCCGCUCACCUCGCAGUAUAAUGAAAUCAACCCGGAGCAGUUCUGCAAUGGCGACAACCGUCCCGCCGAUUGUGGACCCAACUGUAUGUGCACCCAUAAGAUCGACAUACCUCUUAAUGCGAUUGUCGAGGUCGUAUUGGUGGACGAGGUCCAACAGCCGAACCUGUCACAUCCCUUCCAUUUGCACGGCUACGGAUUCAGUGUGAUCGGUAUCGGCCGAUCGCCGGAUUCGACUGUGAAGAAGAUCAACUUGAAGCAUGCGCUUGACCUGGACAGACGCGGUCUCUUGCACAGGCAGUAUAAUCUGCCGCCAACAAAGGAUACCAUUGCGGUGCCCAACAAUGGAUAUGUGGUGCUCCGCUUUAGAGCUGAUAAUCCCGGUUUCUGGCUUUUCCACUGUCAUUUCCUAUUCCACAUCGUGAUUGGUAUGAAUUUAAUACUGCAAGUCGGCAACAAUGCCGAUCUACCGCCUGUGCCGCCAGGUUUUCCGACAUGUGGCGAUCACACUCCACCCAUUCCCAUUAAUUAAGCUAGGCUCUAAUGCAACGGCUCUAACUAGAAGAACACCGCACAAAAACAAAUACUGAAAGCGAAGAAGACCUGCCUACAGAACGACCAGUUUGUACAAAGUUUUAGAGACAGCACAAUAAGUAUGUAUGUAUGUAUAUAUAUGUAUUUGUUGUAAAUUACCCCCAACUUGGCACAGAAUCCUUGAUAAAAACCGUAAUCACUGCCUACCUGUAUGAUACUACUUAUUAUUACCUGCCUUCCGCAAAAGCUUGCCUCUGGGUGCACAUUGCCUCUUGCGCCCUACCCUAAAAAUUGCAUCAAGCAAUAUCUCUCCCUUCCUGCACUCUAUAAUUAAAAAAAAAAGCCCGCAUAGUGCACACAGAUGUACUAGAGCAAUGAAUGAUAAUCUGUAUAAAAAUGUUAACAAUCAUAGUAGUAUGAUGUUUGGAGCAGCCAUAAAUAUUCCCAGAAAUUCAAUUUGAACUUUGGACUUAGUCUCAAUUUUUUUUGUUUGUUUUUAUCAAUUAAAAAACAUUUGUUUUCCUGUGGCGAUCCGUUUCUGAUAAAUGUAACCGAAACAUGGACUAGCUCCACUCCUCGAGUGUUUUUUUUUGUAAUAUGUGUAUGUAUGUGGAUGCAUACGUAUAUGUAUGUACAAAAAAUUGAUGUAUGUAUAUUUAACUAAUGUAUGUAUAUAGGACCAAUAAUUCACACGCUGGUGCCUAGUUUUAUGCAAAGCUUAACUUUUCCGGUUUGCAUUUGGAUUAAGUUUGACUUUGUGUAAAUUUAAAAUACAUGUAAAAAUCAAUUAAAUGAAUAAAGCUAUAAAUAAUUAUUAAUGUACAUAAAAUGUUUGUAAAAAUCAAAUAUAUAUUAUGCUUAAACUACUUACUUAUGUAAUGCCUAGGGUCUAUUUUAUGAAAUAUACUCUGAUUGGCCUCUCCCAGUCAUAUUUAAUACUAGCUGCAAAUCAAUAAAAACGAUACAACGUGCAUUUGUAAUUGAUAAAAUAAAUACCAUAUGUAUGCCAGACAUAAAACUUGUACAUUUCCAACACAAUGCAAUCAAUAUAUAUAUAAUUUUAUAUAAACUGGAAAAUCUAGAGAUUUGUAUAGCUUGAAUUACGAUACAACCCAAUUAA